AGUCUCUCCUCCCGUCCCGGGCCGUGCGCGCGUGUAUAAAGCGUCAUCCCACUCGAGCGGACACGUCUCUUCCAGGUUCCAACAACUCACUGGCCACUUACCCUCUCAGCCGUCGUCGUCAUUGCCCGCAGGGGAGCUGGCAGGAGAACGGCGACGAACCCAAGCUCGGGUCGGCUCAACAACAGCGGGGCGCACGCGGAGCCAUGCUAGGGAGGGCGGCGAGAGGAGGGCCGUCGUCGACGACGACCACCAAGCCGCCGCCCCACGCGGAGGGCGCCGCCGUCGCCACCGCCGUCGUCGCGGACUACGGGCAGGAGGUCACCGUCUCUCAGUUCGUCGCGCAGCUAGAUGAGGCGGCGCGGCGGAGGCUGGACAGCAUGCACCAGAGGCUGAGGCUCCUGGAGCAGCAGAUGGAGACGCUGGAGGCCGAGGUCGGCAAAGCCAGCAGCGCCAGCACCAUGGGCACCUGCGCCUAGCUGCUUCCUCAUCUAGCUGCUAGCGGCCUGUGCCAGAUCGAUCCUCCUCUUUAGUUUCUUAACACUUCCUCAUCAUGUACAUGGACGAUUAGCCUCUAGCAGUACUACACUGCACGAUAUGAUCCAUGUGGUGCUUUCCUGAAACUUUGGCCGCAAUUUUGGGGGCGGGCUCAUCAAGCUUGAGAUUCAGUUAUGGGUGGAGGCGGGAGCAACUAGAUUGAGUUGUUUAGAUGUACCUGCAUAUUCGAGAAAGAAAAAAAAAUGGGGGCGGGCUGAACUUAUUGUAAAAAUCCAUGGCGUCGUGGUCUCGAAUCGUCAGGCGAUUUGGAAAAGUAUGGCAGUUUGUUUGCCCUGUCA